GCGUAUGAAUUUGUUUUUGACAGGCAUUUCACGUCGAGUGUAUGUUUGAGUAAGCCGAGAAAAAUUCAAUAGUCUACAAUGCAGAAUAAUUCCGUCUAAUUCUGGUUAUAUGAUAGAAAAAUGAAUAUUAACCUUUCAAUGGCUUGGCAGACUUCAUAUAUUUCAGUGCUAAUCUUGGUUUUCCGAGCGUUUCGCCACAUAACUAGCCAUGAGUGUGGAGCCGAUGUUUAUUCCUUUUAUCAGGCGAUGCUUAAAAGCCACACUUUUAAGACAUUCCAGGUUCGCCCAGGUUCGCUGGAUUGCAGAGAAGCUUGCCUUUCCGAUAACAGAUGCCAAAGUUAUAAUUUCGUGUUCAAGGGCAUAUGUGAGUUAAAUAACAGAACCAAGGAGGCAAGACCAGAGGAUUUUGUCGAGAACCUGGAAAGAUAUUAUGUGAAGAAAAGUUCAAAUAGAGUGUCUCUUGGCUCCAUUCGUGAGCUUCCAGCUGUCUCAUGUGAAGAGAUCAAAGCCAGUGAAGGAGGACAGGUGGCCACAGGUGAAUUCUGGUUGGACCCCACAGGAACUGGGAACUCUACUUUAGCCCAUUGUGACAUGAAGGCAAAGGAUGUUGAUGAAUGUCAAGGAGGACUUCAUGGUUGUCACAGCAAUGCCACGUGCAACAACACGGAAGGCUCUUACAUCUGCACGUGCAAAGUUGGAUUUAUGGGAGACGGAAGAAACAGCUGCAAAAACACACUUGGUUGGAAUCGCGACCGGUCUGCCAGUUCUUGUAAACACAUCCUGGACUCUGGGGAUCACAAAGGAGAUGGAGAGUACUGGAUCGAUCCUGAGAAAACUGGGAAUCCUUUCAAAGUCUAUUGUGACAUGACAACUGACGGUGGAGGUUGGCUUCUUGUCUGCAAUAUAGUCUUCGACGGCUUCUUCAAUAUUUUUGCGACGCCAUCGUACAGCGAAAUUCGGCACUAUGAAGAUCACAACAAGAUGUGUCUUACGAAAAACGCCAUGAAAAAAUUGCACACUCUCUUGUCCUUUACUCAAUUGAGGUUCCACUGCAAAAAGGAAACCCCUGGACGAACGUUUCACGUAGUCACGGCUGCUAACAACAGUGGCGAGCCUGUGAUUCAGUUCUUUAGCGGAUUUACGGGUGAGAUGCCCAAAGCCUGUGGCUCGUUCGUAAGAAUGGAUGACGACGACUCGCUACUAGCUGAAAAGUGCGCUUUUUGGGGGGAAGAGGAAGGGAAGUAUGAGGUUGGCAAAUGGGGACAUAGUAAUAUCAAAGGAAGUUUGUAUAAUCACGCCGCUUUUAUGAAGGGCCGUUAUCACUGGUUGGUGAGUCCAGUUGGCCAGAGAUGGGAAUGUGACGAUACCCUUGGUAACGUCGCCAUUGGUGAUUUUUGGAAAAUAUUUGUUCGUUAGAAACUGAGCAGCUGAUAGUUUCAAACUGAUUAGUCGUAAUCAAUAUUUACAGAGUAACUCUUAAACUCUUUACAGAGUAAAUCUAUGCUUCGAAAGACUACUCUGGAAUUCUUUCAAUUUUCACCAGGUCACUUACAUUUUACAGACUUCAAUUAUUUUUCUGUUGAUUGGUUUUUCGGUUUCUUAUUGUUUUCCGCGGUUGUGAUCAGCCUUACGACUUUUUCGGUUUAGUCUUACGUCAAUCGAUCACAAAGACCUUCGCAGGAUUUCUAGAAUACCGUCAGCUCAAGAACUGAGAAAAAAAAAUGGUUCUCACUCGGCUAACUUCAGUGCUUUAGUAGUGACCUAUUUUAACAGUUUUGUUGCAGCAGCUAGGAUAUCCAGGACUUCUCAUCAAUAUUUCAAGUUAAAGCCUUACGCAAAAUUAUGAAUAGUUACUAUAAGUAGCAGACCCUACCCCGAAGUAUAGUUGUGAUAAAAUGCCCACGUGCCCUCUUCAUGCAGUAAUGGAUCAGGAAGUAGAUUACACGUUCACAAUACUUCUUCAGUCAAUAUCAUAUCGAGGCAGUUUGAACACAUUGUAAGACAGGUGAUUUUAUAAAUUAAAACUUAUGGUUGUGAUCUUGGCACGAUGUUGAAAGAAUUGAUUCACAGUGAUAAAAAACUCAUUGGUAGGUAUAAAGCAGAUGGGAAAAAAAUAUAGUUAAAGGCAACUCUUUCGAAAAAAAUGAAUUUUAAUUGCAUAGCCAAGUAAUGCGUAUUUAGACACUCAUGAACCCCUUUGGUAAAAUUCAUUAAAUUUUUUGGCAUCUUGUUAACGUCGUAAUUCAAAUAUUAUUUUACUCAAUUAAUUUUUUUAUCGCUGCUUACCAUUUGUUCAGUUAUCAUGUACCGUGAAGCAAACUGACAGAGCUAGAACAAAAAGAUAAAAA